AUGGCGAGCCCCGCGUCCGUGCAAGCCAUCGCCGACCGGGCCGAGAUACACAAGUCUUGCAGGUCGCUCGAGAACAUCGUGAACCUCCUGAACGACUACUGCGAGGCCGCCCGCGCCGUGGUCACGCUCCAGAAGAAGCUCUCGAAGGCCCUCAAGGACGCUGCGGGGCUGAAGGCUGCGGGCGAGGUCGCUGCGAACGCGCUGGGCACGAGCGCGAGCGUCUUCGAGGUGCUGUCCGACGUGGACGCGAAGUUCGCGAAGCUGAUCGAUAGGGAGUGCGACGCCGUCAGUGGGGAGGUGAAGAAGUGGUUCAAGAAGCUCGCCAAAGAGGAGAAGCUGCACGACGAGAAGAUCACGAACGCCAACGCCAAGAUCAAACAAGCUGGUCAGCUGUACGAGAAGAAGGUCAAGAAGAACAGCUAUGACGCCGUCGAGGAGCAUGCGCGCUACAUGCACCUGCUCACGUCGAUCGGGCCAGAGGUAUCACAGGAGAAAUACAACCAUUCUCUGAUGGUCAGCCAGCGCAACACCGCCAUUACAUACAGCGUGGCGGCGUGUCUGUCACGGGUCGCCGACGCCGAAUGGCUCCGCUCGACUGAGGACGUGCGCCGGUUCUCGCCCUUGGUCGGUCCUCUGGGCGAAUGGCGCACUCUUUGUGAAGCAGGGUGGACUGGCUCCCUCCCAGGUGACCUUCCAGAUGUCAGUGCUCCUCCGGAGCGAACGCAGCCAAGACCAGCAGAACCGCAAUCAAAUUCGGACACUCUUUCGAGGCCUUUUCCCUCUGUGGAGGGAGACAAAGGGAAUCGUUCGCUCACUUCUCUGGCGUCUCUCGCCUCAUUCCCGACGCCUCCCUCGCAUUUCCCGCUGCCUCCGGUGUCUGGCAGCGGCCCUCCUUCCCCGGUUCCUCCGUCUCCAAUCAAGCAGCAUAUCGCCACCCCUCCUGAAUCCGUCAGACAACCAACCCAAUCCCAGUCUCGGACGUCUUCGGACAUCUCUCAUUCCAAGUUCGGCGUCGAGAAGGGCGGGAACGAUGCACAGAUGAAGACGAGGAGUUUGGACGCCGCUCAGUCGAGGCGGGUCGAAAGGACGGAUACGAUGAAGAGCAGCGGAAGCGUUGUCGCAACUAUGAGGGAAAAGUACGCACGAUCGACGGGGCCCGCGUCUCCUCCGCCGCGCGAUGUCCCUCGGUUGCCUCUCAGCGUGACCAACCUGGCGAGCAAAUACCAAACGAUCAGCGAAUCUUCGGGUCCUCCCUCUCCGCAAAAGCGCGCAUUCUCGCCUUCCACAGAUCAGCGGCAACCUCUUGAUAUCCUACCGCCC